AUGGCAGGCGUUAUAGAAGCAAUUGGCGUGCUUUCGGGCGUACUUGGAAUACUACAGUUUGGUAUCGACCAUUUUCCGAAAGACGAUGGGCCAAAGUCAACUGUUAGGGUCACAGUUGGAUUAGACACCCCAGGUGGUCUUAACAAUGCCGGUGGUGACCUUCCUGAUGUUAGACUAUUCAAUGAGGCCGGCGAGUUCAUCGGUAUCAAGACAGACCCGGGCAAGGUCUCGGAUGGUGGUUUCGGCGACAUCGAGAUUAGCCACAACGAUGAUGGAAACCAGCAACCUGCAUAUGCCCUUUUCUCGGCUAACAACGAUGCUAUCUGCAUUGCACACGCCGUCGUCACUUUCCCAGGCAAUGAAAGAUAUACCUGGGUCGGUGACUGGGGUCGCCAAUGCGGCGGUAGUUGGUACUACUCAAACAUCUACGUAGACAGCAGCAACCGAAAGGUUGACUGUCUAUGGAUCGACGGCAACAACGACCAACCGCAAAGCGGAUUCCAAGUCCACUGGCCCGAAUUCGUAAACAAAGACGGCGACCAGCUUCCAUCAGACGACACCGGGAUGGCCGAUAAAGUAGACUACCUGUGCAACAGAGGGCCUCCAUUCAAGAUGUACAACUACGAAGACGACAGCGACCCAACCGGCAUUACCUACUGGGUCCUCAAUAACAAGCGCUCCGAGGAUGGAACCAACAACCGCAAAACCGCAACGUCGUACGCCCCGCCGAAAUACCCUACCUCCGCCAAGUUCGGCCGCAACUCGCCCCGAGGAAACAGCACCGUCCCCUCCGGCUCCAGCCGCCAGGCCAACCGUCUAGUAGUCAGCAACAACGCCCAGCACACGGCAGCCGAGCUCUGCGAGAGCAAGACAUCCUACGGUCCGGACUUCCUGGACCUGAUGGACAAGAAGUUCUGCCGCAUGUCGGACAAGACUCUCUGGCCGGUGUGCGACGGCGCCCAGACCGUAGACAACUGCUUUAAUACGGAUGUCCAGCAACUCAUUGUCAACGGUGUUUCGGCUAGGGAUAGUCCCUACAGCAAUGUUGUGGAUUGGACGUCAGGUAACUAG